CAUUUGGAAUGUUCGAAGAUAUCGCAAGAACCGCCCACGAAUACUAAUAAAUUGGUGCUUUCGCUUACGCCGGCAAAGUACACAUCUGCGCUUGAAGCGUUGUGAUCUAGUUGAUGCUGAUAUAGAUAUUUUCUACACACUAGUCUCGCUAACAAAUCAAAAUGAGUAAAGCACCAGCUGUUGGAAUUGAUUUGGGCACAACCUACUCCUGUGUAGGAGUCUUCCAACAUGGGAAAGUAGAAAUCAUUGCCAAUGACCAAGGUAACCGAACCACACCCAGUUAUGUAGCUUUCACAGACAAUGAACGUCUCAUUGGAGAUGCUGCCAAGAAUCAAGUGGCUAUGAAUCCAGAAAAUACAGUAUUUGAUGCCAAAAGGUUAAUUGGUCGUCGUUUUGAUGAUCCAACUGUGGCCUCUGACAUGAAACACUGGCCGUUCACUGUCAUCAAUGAAGGUGGAAAGCCCAAGAUCAGAGUAGAAUAUAAAGGAGAGAAAAAGACCUUUUUCCCUGAAGAAAUUUCCUCCAUGGUUUUGACAAAGAUGAAGGAAACUGCUGAAGCAUAUUUAGGCAAAACUGUUACUGAUGCUGUGGUUACUGUUCCAGCCUAUUUCAAUGACUCUCAGAGACAGGCUACAAAAGAUGCUGGAACUAUAUCUGGUCUUAAUGUACUUAGAAUCAUCAAUGAGCCCACUGCUGCUGCUAUUGCUUAUGGUUUAGACAAGAAGGUUGGUGGUGAACGCAAUGUCCUCAUUUUUGACCUUGGUGGUGGUACUUUUGAUGUCUCCAUCCUUACUAUUGAAGAUGGCAUCUUUGAAGUCAAGUCCACAGCUGGAGACACUCACUUAGGUGGUGAAGACUUUGACAACCGCAUGGUCAACCAUUUUAUUCAGGAAUUCAAACGUAAACACAAAAAAGAUAUCAGUGAAAACAAGCGUGCUGUGCGUCGUCUGAGGACAGCAUGUGAAAGGGCCAAGAGAACAUUAUCAUCUUCAACACAGGCAAACAUUGAAAUUGACUCACUUUUUGAGGGCAUUGACUUCUACACCAGCAUCACCCGGGCUCGCUUCGAGGAGCUGAACGCAGAUCUUUUCCGUGGCACCUUAGAACCUGUAGAGAAAUCCUUGAGAGAUGCAAAGCUAGACAAAGCUCAAGUUCAUGAAAUUGUACUUGUAGGUGGUUCUACUCGUAUCCCCAAGAUCCAGAAGCUGCUCCAAGAUUUCUUUAAUGGCAAAGAAUUGAACAAGAGCAUCAACCCUGAUGAAGCAGUAGCUUAUGGUGCAGCUGUCCAGGCUGCUAUUCUCCAUGGUGACAAGUCAGAAGAGGUGCAGGACUUACUCUUGUUGGAUGUUGCACCCCUUUCACUUGGUAUUGAAACAGCUGGAGGUGUAAUGACUGCACUCAUCAAGAGAAAUACAACCAUUCCAACAAAGCAAACUCAGACUUUCACUACAUACUCUGACAACCAACCUGGUGUAUUGAUUCAGGUAUAUGAAGGUGAACGUGCAAUGACCAAAGACAAUAAUUUACUUGGAAAAUUUGAGCUCACUGGCAUCCCACCUGCCCCACGUGGUGUUCCCCAAAUUGAGGUCACAUUUGACAUUGACGCCAACGGCAUCUUGAAUGUGUCGGCUGCUGACAAGAGCACAGGCAAAGAGAACAAGAUUACUAUCACUAAUGACAAAGGCCGUCUGUCAAAGGAAGAAAUUGAAAGGAUGGUGAAUGAUGCAGAGAAGUACAAGAAUGAGGAUGAGAAACAGAAGACACGCAUCUCUGCCAAGAAUGCCCUUGAAAGUUAUGCUUUCCACAUGAAAUCCACAGUAGAAGAUGAGAAACUUAAAGAUAAAAUCAGUGCUGAUGAUAAGAAAAUCAUCAUUGACAAAUGCAAUGAGAUCAUUCAUUGGUUGGAUGCUAACCAACUUGCUGAUGAGGAAGAGUUCCAACACAAACAAAAAGAAAUUGAAGGUGUGUGCAAUCCCAUCAUUACCAAGUUGUAUCAAGGCAUGGGUGGUGCUGGUGGUAUGCCAGACUUCAGUGGUGCUGCAGGUGCUGGUGCUCAGCAUUCAGCUGGAACUGGAGGAGGCAGUGGGCCAACUAUUGAGGAAGUAGAUUAAAUGGUCUAGUUAGUUUCAGUAACUAAUUUUCAAAUAGUCUUUGUCAUCACCUAGCAUUUCAAAUGAAAAUCUGAUUGACAAUAAUUUAUACCUUAGAGACUUUUUGUUGCAACUCAUUUGUUUCAAUAAAUAUUUUGUUGGAAAAAAUGUUACAAA